GUGAAACAUCGACCACCUAAUAAACUAACAAUCAAAGUUACACAAGGUUAUAAUAUAACUAAAGGAUGGGCUAAAGAUUGGAUGGAUACACCUGACCCAUAUGUAAUAUUAUGGAUUAAAACGGCGCCAAAUAGUUGGCAGAAAACAACAGUUAAAGACAAUGAUAUUCAUCCAGUCUGGAACGAAACUUUUACAUUCUAUUUAGAUCCUAUAGUAGAAAAUGUUUUGGAAAUAUCGCUAAUGGAUGCCAACUAUACUAUAGAUGAACAUCUCUGUCAACGUCAAAUACCUCUUGAUGAUAUUCCAGUGAAAACUAAAAUUAAAAAACGUAUUCAAUUUAAUGACACAUCUGAAGUAGAAUUAGAAAUGUUUAUGGUUGUUGAUGAUAAUCCCAAGCUACGCUACAGUUUAGCAUUAUGUGAUGAAGAAAAAGAAUUUGUUAGUGUAAGAAAAAGUCGAAUAUUUACGGCAAUGAAAGAUAUAUUAAGAGAAGAUGGUCCACGAAAUGUUAGAGAGGUCCCAACCAUAGCUGUAUUAGGAUCAGGUGGUGGUUUUCGUGCUAUGACAGCACUAUGUGGUGUAAUGACUGCUCUAGCUGACAGUAGAGUAAUAGAAAUGGCCACCUAUGUUGUUGGUUUAUCAGGUUCAGCAUGGUAUAUAUCUCAACUUUAUUCCAAUCCUGAAUAUCCACUAAAAUCUCCAGGGGCAUUAAAGGAAGAACUCAAACUGAAUAUAGAUUCCAGUCCAUUCUGGUUAAUCAAGCCUCAAAGUAUGUACAGAUACAUGAAACGAAUAAUGGAAAAACGAAGACAUGGCCAACCAGUCUCCUUUACAGAUUUUUUUGGCCAUCUUGUAGGAGAGACUAUAUUAAAAGGGAGACUAGAAACUAGGCUAUCAGAUCAACAAGAGAAAGUUAAAACUGGUAGAAUACCAAUGCCAAUCUAUACAUGUCUUCAUGUUAAAAAACAUGUCUCAGCUAUGAUCUUUCAUGAAUGGAUGGAAUUUUCACCAUUUGAAAUUGGUCUACCUAAAUAUGGUACAUUUUUAAAACCAGAAUUAUUUGGUAGUAAAUUUUUCAUGGGUCAAUUAGUCAAACCUUAUAAAGAACCACCGCUUCAUUUCUUACAAGGUAUAUGGGGUAGUGCAUUCUGUAUCCAGUUUAAACGAUUAUUACAAGAUGAUAAGAAGGUUGAUAUAGCUGAAUUAAUGAGACAAGAAAGAGAUGAAUUAGACAGUGAAACAAGUGAUACAGAAGAAGAUGAAGUAACAAAGAAAGACCAAAAAGAAUCCAAACCGAAAGCACUGGCUAGAAAGCCUAGUAAGAAUGUUAAAGUACAAUCCAACUCAUUCUGGUCUGGUAUGGUAGAAAAGUUAUUUGAUAGUACUAUACUACAGACUAUAGAAGGGCGAGCUGCUAUGGUACAUAAUUUCAUGAGAGGACUAUCCAUGUCUUCAAUGUUCAGUUAUUCCCCUUUCUCAGCCCGAACUAACUCAAAAGAACAAGUUUAUGAUUUUAAUCCAGAUACAUUUGAUGGAAUAUUUGAGAUGUAUCCUACUAAUAUUAAAAAAUUAUACGUAGUGGAUGGUGGACUGACAUUUAAUUCUCCUUACCCACCUAUAUUACGACCACAGAGAGCUGUAGAUUUAUUAAUAUCAUUUGAUUUUAGUGCUAGACCGUCUGAUACAACUCCACCAUUUAAGGAGUUAUUAUUAGCAGAGAAAUGGGCUAGAAUUAAUAAUAUACCAUUCCCACCUAUAGAUCCUACUAUAGUUGAUAGAGAAGGUUUAAAAGAAUGUUAUGUAUUUAAAGAUCCUAAUGACCCACAUUGUCCUACUGUUCUACAUUUUACAUUAGUUAAUAUCACAUUUAGAAAAGAGAAAAUGCCAGGUGUACCAAGAGAAACAGAAGAAGAAUUUGAAUUUGCAAAUUUUGAUUUAUUUGAUGAUCCAGAGAGACCCUAUUCCACAUUUAAUUUUAAAUACGAUCAUCUGGCAUUCGAUAGAUUAACAAAAUUAACAGAAUUCAAUACAUUAUUAUAUAAACAACUUAUAUUAGACAAUAUUAAAACUCGUAUUAAAUUAAGACGUCGCCAUAGUAUCAGA